CUACACCUUCAUGCCUUAGUAUGCAGUGGUGUUGCCGCUGUAGCGGUUUGUGUCUGAAUUGUUCUCAAUUGUGAUCUAACAGGUGUCCCAUAACUGUAUAACCCGGUGAACUCUUUUUUUAAAAUUCAUAUUCCCGCGAAAUAUCGUUCAAAUUACGCGCGUUAAAAUUUCCCAAAAAAAUAAAUAAAUAAAUAAUAAUUUAAUAAAUUUUACAAAAAGUGCUUCCUGUGAAUUCACAGUUCGCUAAAAACCAAAAAAAAAUAUAUAUAUAUUGUGCAAAAAAUUGUGCGCAAGGAUUAAUUUAAAAAUUUAAAAAAAAAACUAAAUUUUAUACACAUCAAAAGAAGCAUGAUGUCGGAAACUGUGGUCACAGUUCACGAAACUACAACUCAUACCACGGGGAAUAAUCCUCGUCAGGUACCAACAGUCAAGACAGAACCUGGACAAAAUCCAGGAUUCACUCUCAAUGAUAUUAAUACGGAUUACUUCCGGAAUAAGCCUGGCAUGCUCAAAGUUGCCCAAUUGCUUCUCGGAUUAAUUGCAAUGAUCUGUGUUGGUGCGCCUUAUCGACUUUCGUCAGCUCAUUGGUUCCUUUUUGUUGGAUCAGUAGCGUUUAUCAUCACCUUCUUCUUAAUUGUUAUCUACGCUUUUAAUCUCAGAGAAUCUACAAAAUAUCCUCUUCAAAUGGUGUUAUCUUGGGAAGUAAUGUAUACAGCUGGAAUAACAUUUUUCUACUUCACUGGGUGUCUUGCCGUUCUAAUAUCAUACUCAGGGUAUCGCGGUAAUGGAUCUGCAAUAGCUGGAGGAGUAUUCGGAUUACUCACAACAGUGGCAUAUGGUUUAGGAUCAUUUUUACUAUUCACGGAAUACAAGGCCAUGACUUCCCAAUGAGAAGUCAAAAUUCACACCGAAAGGAGUAUUUAACACUUUUCAUCAUUCGAAAUAAUCCUGCCUUAAUUUCAAGGAUUCAUGAGAAAUCCAUAAAAGUCUCAAAGUCAAACGAAAUGAUUGUCUAAGGACUUAAAAAACAAAAUGAUUCAAACAAAAAAUAGUACCAAUGUGCCUUACUGUCCUCGCUGACCUUCAAAGUCUUGCUCUACGAUUUCAAUAAAUAAUUCCAUAAAAUUUGUACAAAAAAAACUUAUAUUAACCCCCAGACAGGAAAAUACAAAAAAAAGAAAUUGUAUUCCUUUAAAAAAAGAUUUCCAGAAAAAUCUUUUUUCCUCGAAAGUAAAUUUUGUAAAAAAUUUUCAUUUUUGGAAAAAUGAAACAAAAAUUAAAAUAGUAAGAAAAUGAAAAUUUUGCGACAUUCGGAGAUAGAAUCAAUUAUUGUAGAAUAUAAUUUAAUAUAUUUAAUUUAAUAAAUUUGAUAAAUAUAAAAAAUUUAAUUAAGUAUUAAUUAUUAUUUUCGUCUGGGAAAAUUGAAAAAAAUAUUAAUUUUUGUGCACAACGACUUAUACUAAUUGUUAUAAACAGAAAUCGUGGAAAUUGAACCAAAGCUCUUAUGCGUCUAGAAAUUGCAUAAUGUUCGUUUCACAUUGACAAUCCUC